AUGCCAACGAACAAUACGUUCGGUAGGUCUCGAGUUCCCGUAUAUGUUAUCGUCGGACUCCGGGACCCGUUUGACACCCUGUGCCCAACACUUCAAAAGUGCACUCAAAUCACUGGUCACUCUAAUCGACGUCCUUUACACUCAAUCCAUUCACCCGUCAUAUUCUCAUACAGGUGUAGCACCUGGUCGUCAAUCAUUGGCCACCGGACUAUACGACACCUACUGGUGCUCACGAGGUCCUUUACACUCAAUCUGUUUGCCCGACAUAUUCAUAUACAGGGGCAGCACCUGGUCAUCAAUCAUAGGCCACCGGACUAUACGACAAUUUUGGUUGAGGUUAGAGAUCGUGAAAUCAAAAUUUAA